AUGGCAAGUCCAUCUUCCAUCAUCAGCAAUUAUGAUCCCAAUUUAGCUCGGAAGGCAAACUCUGCGGAUCCAGGAUGGAAGUAUGGGUACUGGCCAAACCUUCAAGACAAAGAUGUGGCGGCAUGCACUCUAUGUGGUGCCUCACUUACUGGAGGGAUAAAAAGGCUGAAGAAACAUCUGGUGGGUGGCUUUGGAGAUACAAAGAAGUGCAUGAAAACUACCACUGCAAUUAGAGCGGAGAUGAAAAACUGCUUGAACAAUCAUCCCUAG